GGACAGGUGGCGUCUAGCAACCAAAAUGUACCACAAGAAAUACCUAGUGGAUGUCCGAUGCAUAAUACACAAAAAGAAACAGUUAAUCAACCAUCUGGAUGUCCAGUAGUACACGAGAAAGAUACAAAGAUAAACCCAUUGAACAACAUGCCAGAUUUACAACAGCAACCUUUGUCAGACAAUCAAUCUACUCGACUCCCUACAGAAAGGACUACAUCAAGUAUUCCGCGCCCACAGGGUAAAAGCACCUCAGAAGGAUAUGGAGAAGGUACACACUGGGAGUAUCCUUCGCCUCAGCAGUUUUACAACGCCUUGGUUAGAAAAGGUUGGGAGACUCCUGAAGAAUCUGUAGAAGAUAUGGUCGCCAUACACAACUUCCUCAACGAAGAAGCCUGGAAAGAGGUGUUGAAGUGGGAGAAGCGUAACAAUGAUGGCAAAGAGACAUUGCAACUAGCGCAAUUUUCCGGGAGACCAGGAGAUUACACACCAAAAGCUAGACUACAAAUGUUACUAUCGACAUUAUUCUCUAAUAGUUUCUACGAUGAGCCACCAUUCGAUAGGCACGAUUGGUACAUAAAAAGAACAAACUCAAAUGAAACGGUGCGCUAUGUCAUUGAUUACUAUGGUGCACCACCAACACCAGAGGGCAUGCCUGUUUUCCACUUAGACGUACGUCCUGCUCUUGAUUCGCCAGCCAGCAUACUUGAGCGGAUUAAAGUAGGUACGGCUAGAUGCUGGAGGACAGCAACUGGUAUGCCUGUAGAAUAUAUAGAACAACUGUAAUUUGUAUAAGAUAUUUAUUUUAGAUCACUUCUCAAAAU